AUGGAGUCUAUUAAGAAGGCAGAGAGACGGAUUGCUAAGAAGAAGCAGGUUUACAAGGCGAUUCUGGACAAUGCGUACGCGAAUGAUGGUCAGUUGUGGCCUUUAGUAGAUGAGCAAGGCCUGGUGGUGGAGUUAUUGGAUAAGACGAUUUUAAGGCCGUUGAAACACAGUAGUCAUUUGGGUGCAUCGGAGAAGCCUGUGCAAGUGGUUACGGGAUACAAUGAGGUAAUGGAAUUUCUGACGGGUGCGUGUGCUGAUGAGGGUUUGAAGGAGGUGUUUCUGUUUGUAUGCAAUAAGGAUUUGGCUGGAGUGUUGGUGGAGCAAAUACCUAUUGCUGCGUAUAUGUCGCGAUACGAUGUUUGUUUGGUGCAGCUUCCCAAAGGAAGUUUGGCAAGGUUCACUGAGUGUCUUGAGGGGAUAGCUCAUGAUGGGCUGCUGCUUGUACCCGUUGUGAAGGAUGGCUUGGAUAAGACCUUUACCAGUAAGAUCAGGGAUUGUGUUCCAGCACAAGAGAUACCAUGGCUGCAAUCGGCCAGGUAUAAACGUGCACCAGUUAAGAUGUUGCGAACGGUCAUUCCAAUCGGCAAGCAGAAGCAGAAGUAG